GGUUCCUUCAGCUGCCACUCAGGCUGCCCAAGUCUGGCGGUGACGUAACCCUGUCUGCCUCAGACUGCCCGCCCCCACCCCCCAGCGGAUCUGUGUCGCUUUGGACUUGAAUGAGGUGCAGAGGCAGCUUCGAGCCAGACAGAGAGACAGACAGAUCAUAAGUAGCGGCACCUCCUGUCUGCGCGAACCACCACCGUCUCCCAACUCCGGAGGGCAGGGGGGACAGAAGGCAGCUGCAACAGAAAAGACCCCCGUUAGCCACAACCUCUCUGCACCAGACACGCACCCCCGACCUCAGAACCAACGCUGGAAAGACGGAGGUGUCUAACUGGCUUUUUCCCGUCGUCGUUUUUUGUAUUUAAAUGUACAACUUCAUGGGUCUGAAUAGCACAGCAGCAGCAGCAGGAUCUAUCCAGCCCAAUGUCUCCUGCACAUGCAAUUGCAAACGAUCGUCGCUGUUCCAAAGUAUGGAGAUCACCCAGCUGGAGUUUGUGCAGAUCAUUAUAAUCGUGGUGGUGAUGAUGGUGAUGGUGGUGGUGAUCACAUGCCUGCUCAAUCACUACAAGCUCUCGGCACGCUCCUUCAUCACCCGGCACAGCCAGGUCCGCCGGCGAGACGAGACCCUGUCCUCGGAAGGAAGUCUGUGGCCUUCGGACAGCUCUGUGCCGGCGAACGUAAUGACAGAGCAGCAGAUGUACACUCCGCGUCCCGCCGACAGGCUGGCGGUGCCAUCGUACCUGCAGAGGGACAGAUUCAACCGCUUCCAGCCCACCUACCCCUACCUGCAGCACGAGAUCGACCUGCCCCCCACCAUCUCCCUGUCGGACGGGGAGGAGCCGCCUCCCUACCAGGGGCCCUGCACCCUGCAGCUGCGGGACCCCGAGCAGCAGCUGGAGCUGAACCGAGAGUCUGUCCGCGCCCCGCCCAACCGCACCAUCUUCGACAGUGACUUGAUCGACACCUCCCUGUACGGGGGUCCCUGCCCCCCCAGCAACAACUCGGGCAUCAGUGCCACUUGCUACAGCAGCCAGGGCCGGAUGGAGGGGCCGCCACCCACGUACAACGAGGUCAUCGGGCACUACCAACCCGGCUCCACGCUUUACCAUCACCAUAGCAACCACCCCGGGACGCCUCCCCUCCUGCACAGCAACAGACUCAACCAAUCACAGCUCAGUGGCCUUGAGAGCACGAACGCACGCAACCAAGAGAAGCAGAAAGGGCACCCUGUCUGAAACCGCGGCAACAGACUCCUUAAACACUGUCUGUGCACUUCAUUUAAAUAAAGGGGUGGAGUCCCGGGCCCAGGCUCCUCCCCUGUUGUAUAAAGUAAAUAUUUCCUUGUUCUGUGUCGUCCAAGUGCUCACAGCUUUGCAAGGUGUUUAUCUUGUUUUUUUUACGUAUUGAGGAAUUCUAAAAAAUUAAUUAUUAUUAUUAUUAUUAUUAUUAUUAUUAUUAUUAUUAUUAUUAUUAUUAUUAUUAUUAUUUGAGCAGUGUGUGUGAAUGCUUUACGUCUUUUAAUUCACUUUUGAAGAAACGUUUGCACAAAACAAUCCGAAGUUUAUUUGAAGAUCUGCAAUAUGUAUCAUAAGAGAAACGUAUGUGUGAGGGCAGGGGGUAUUUUUGUAAAAGAAAUGAUUAUAAAGAGAAAACUAGUUGUAGUUUUUUGUUUUGUUUGAUAACUAGUUCAAUGGCAGUUUUUUGAGUGCCAACUCAAAGAUGUGUUUAACAUUGCGUUAAAAAAGCACGAAUCCAGAGUUAUUUAUAUAAAUGUUGAAAUCUUGCACUAUUUUUUAAUGUAAAUUGCAAGCAGACGCUUGCUCCAGUGAAAGACCUCUGUUGUGUUCAGACGUGUGUGUGUGUGUGUGUGUGUGUGUGUGUGUGUGUGUGUGUGUGUGUGUGUGCGUGUGCGUGUGCGCGUGCGCAGGGUGGAAGAGCGCUUUGCCAAUGAAAUUCCAGCAGAAUCCACUGUUAAUGGAAGAGGAAGCUGAGAGGCAUGUGAAAGAUUUAGAGGAGAAAAAGGGCAAACAGCACUUUACAGCACAAACUUUACAGCUGAAAUUUCCAGCUAGACUCAAAGUAACAGUAACACUUAUUGGGCUGUAAGUGUGGUCCGAUCACACUGACUGUGAUUCCCAACUGCUGAACUGCAGUGACCAUUUAGGAGGACAGGGGGCAGUGUGGCUCCAGUACAGUCAAGCAACAGAGCGGAACAAACGGAACACUCUGUAUCUAUUGUUUGUGAAAAACAGGAUGAAUAAAAAUGUCAGUAUAGCACUCAUCUACAUUAUAAAUGAUAUUAAGAAGAAAAAAUGUGACUGGAGUCCAACUGUAUGUACGCCCUGGAUUAUAAGAAAACCCUGGAACCCUUGGCGCAUCAAUGCAAGUCCUUUCAUUAACACUCCAGAAUGCUGUUUCCUGCUUUGAGCUGCUUUGGAAAUCUUGCUGUAAAAUGCGGGUUCUCUUUGAGGAAUUGGGCAUCUCUCAGCACUUUAAAAAGUGGCAGGGAAACAAAGUGUUUAGUCAGUAUUGUGAUGUCUUGAUAUGCAACGGUUCCCUUGUGAGUCCAAAUCCAAAAAAGAAGCCUUUGCUCUCGCGUGUUUGUUUAGCAGUGAAAGAAUGGCCGUGGAAUCCCUUUAUCUUUGUGUUCAUCUCAAUGCUUUAUUCAGUGUGUCGAGGAAUAACCUCGGUGCUGAGCUCUUGCCAUCCUGUAAAUAUUGAAUCAUUUCUUUCAUGUGCAUUAUUCUCUAAUUGAACUCCUUGCUAUCACUGUGGUUUGUUUUAACUCUGACCACAAAGGGAAUGAAGUGUAAUACUGGAUAAACCACAUUUCUGCCAUGAACACUAAUCCUGACUAAAGCACGGGGAGUCCAGUGGAUUCUGUGUUUCCAGGGCCCAGCACAACUUCACUUGUUUUGGUCAGAUGGAACAUUCAUUGCCAGCAAGCUACAUUUCAGCUCGUCUCCGCGUUCUACAGAUCUGUCGCAAUUGGCUACAAUCUGUGUGUCUUGAAGGCAGUGUAUGCACACAGGUAAACCCCAAUAAGAUUAUACCAUGUUGAAGCAGGUAGGGGGAGACCUGUAAUCACAUCCAUGUUGACCAAUCCAGGUAUUGCACCGCCACGGCUGAACUGGCCCUCGUUGACCCCUGUCAGCAUGAAGUGUCCGACUGCACUGAAAGGCUGACGUUCCAGAACACAAUAAGUCCAGCUCUGGCAUUUCAGAGGCUGCGUUACAGCAGCAGACAGUAUAAUCAGGGCCGUGCCUCUCUGUUCCAUUAACACGAGUGACGUGUCGUUUCUGCUGUAACCUUCAUUGUGCAGACCAGUGUGCUGCGGGUCUGUGGAAAAGAUACAUGUGUUGACAAUAGAGGUAAUUGGGAGAACGUUGCAAUAUACCUACUAUUUGCCUUUUUGAUAAUGGAGUUGUUGUUUAACUUAGAAGUGUAAGGAGGGUUUGUGUUUGUUUUUUUUUACAGUUCACUAUUUGUGUAAAUUCUUCUACAUUUCUUCCUAUAGUUUUACCGUAAGUUUAAAAUCUUAUGAACCAGGCAUGUACAUGUACAUGUAGAUGUAUUUACUUUCUUGUUCCCUGUGUUGCGUUUGUUUUACUUUUUUUUCUGAUUUAAAGGACCACAGGUAAGGCACUUAAGCAUUGGAUCAAACCAGAAAAACAAUGAUUUGAACGAGAGCAGAGAGUGGAGAUGGAUGAACUGAAUGAGGAGAGAGGGAUGGAUGAACUGAGUGAGGAGAGAGGGAUGGAUGAACUGAAUGAGGAGAGAGGGAUGGAUGGACUGAAUGAGGAGAGAGGGAUGGGUGGACUGAAUGAGGAGAGAGGGAUGGGUGGACUGAAUGAGGAGAGAGGGAUGGAUGAACUGAAUGAGGAGAGAGGGAUGGGUGGACUGAAUGAGGAGAGGGAUGGGUGGACUGAAUGAGGAGAGAGGGAUAGAUGAAAUGAAUGAGGAGAGGGAUGGGUGGACUGAAUGAGGAGAGAGGGAUGGAUGAAAUGAAUGAGGAGAGAGGGAUGGGUGGACUGAAUGAGGAGAGAGGGAUGGAUGGACUGAAUGAGGAGAGAGGGAUGGGUGGACUGAAUGAGGAGAGAGGGAUGGGUGGACUGUGAGGUGUUAGUCCCUGUGCUAAUGGAGUGACACACAGAUGCACACACAUCCACAAUGGCAAUAUUGUGACACAGCUAGCGCUGGUCAUGCUGAAAGCUUAAUGGACUGCAGUAAGAACACUGAUCCAUUCUCUCUGUGUAUUUAGCAGGACUGUGUCCACAUGAUGCUCCAUUCCAGAACAUAGACACGCAUUCACACGGCUCUCCUGCUUUGGUCAGUGGACUGAAUUAAAAGCAUAAAAAAGGAGAACAUGUUACAUGUUUGUUUCUAUUUCUUUCUUUUUUUUCUUCAUGAGCAUUUGCGGUACUCAAUGGAUCAGCCAUGCUUGUUUGUAAACAGUGUAACACUUUCAGGCUGCAGUAUAAAUCUAUUAAGCUUUUUUUAUAAUCUGCAAAAACAUCAUGUUUUAUAACCAGGUGCUUAUUUUGUUAUAACAAAGCGGAUGUCUUAUAAAAGAUGUUAUUAAUACACUGUAUGUAGUAACAUAUGCAUAUUAUAUAAUAUAGCAUGUACUAUCAAAAUAUGUAACGUGGUCCGAUAGUGAUGUUAACAAUAACAGAUUUUUUUGUAAUGAUUUUUAUUUGUUAUAUUGGAACCUCAAAGUGUUACUGGCUUUGUAAUUUUAUAUAGUUGAGUAUAUCUAAUACAGAACAAACUGUUUCAUACAUUUCAUUCAACCUCCAUCUUUAAACAAAAAUAAAUACAUUGCAAAAAGCUUUUAAAAAGAACCUUUUUUCCUGAGGAGAGGCAGCGAGACCGAUUGGCUGCACUCAGACCUGCUCAUCUCUGUGACGAUGCUGUACAAGGAGCAUCGCGGGAGCUUUGAGCAGUUCUGCUCCGAAUAAAUAUUGAAUCUCAAUAAAAUCAAGCCCCCCACCCCAGUGCUGGCACUGCCAGGGGAACGGCACAAGACCCCCGUGUGCCCUGUCGACUAUCUUUCUGGUUUGACCCACUUUAACUGCUCUUCGCUGUUCUGGGCCUUUCCUGCUUGAGUUGGGCUUUAGCCAGUGUUGUCUUGCAGGUUCAUUCUUGUCUAUUGACUGUUAGCAUUGGAAUUGUUAAUGCGUUGGUCGUGUCGUUUCAGGGUUUUUCUAUUUCCUUUAUAAAUGCUUCAUGUUUGUGUUACCUGUGUGCUUGUAAUCGUACUCUCUUUGUCCUGCUCUCUGCAGUAAUCGGCUCUUCUGCUUCACUCCCUCUUGCUGUUCGAUCUGUAGUGACAUCAUUCUGUUUAACUGUCCUUAUCUUCUAGUUCAGCAUCUCCCUGCUCUACCCCGAUGCAAAGGGAGCUCCUUCUCAAAUCUGCAUUCCCCUUCUGUCUCACAUAAAACAUGGACAAUUAUUUAUAUUGAAAAGAAAGAAGCGGAUGAGAGAAUAAAGCUACAUUUCUGAAGUG